AAAAUCUCAUUGGCAGCAUGGCUGCACUCUUUAGCCAAGUGUUAGGCAUUUAAUUAACUCAGGGUUAACCCAACCUCCAUCCAAGGUUGAAUCAUUAUGCCUUGUCUGGUGCCAAAAUAUAUGAAUUCUAUUUGGUUUUUUAAACCCGCACUUUCCUUCCUUCCCUUCACUUCACUCUCUCCUCUCUAUCUCUCUCCCUGUUUUGGUAAACCACUUCUGGUUGCCAGAGCACAAAGUCAUCCGCACAAUCUGCCUCCUGGGAGAAAUAAAAAACUCGGAGAAAACCCACUAUUACCCAUCUCCCAAAUUCACUCUUUAGUCUUUUCCUCCCCCUCCUUCCAAUUCCCUGUUUGGGAGCUGUGAAAGUGAAGGAAAAAAAAAAUGAAGAGGUCCUCUGUUUCAUCCUCCUGCACUUCCUCCUCUUGUUCUCCUUCCUCCUCUUCUUCAUCUGAUAUCAUUCCCCGCCAUGCUGAAAAAUCCAAACCCAAAAGGGCCAGGAAAAUUCAGAAUCCUGAGAAAUAUCAGAAUGCCGAUAGCCCACCUUCCUGCAAAAGAAGCUCAAUGUACAGGGGAGUCACCAGGCACAGAUGGACUGGGAGAUUUGAGGCUCAUCUCUGGGACAAGAGUUCCUGGAACAACAUUCAGAACAAGAAGGGUCGACAAGUUUAUUUGGGGGCAUAUGAUAGUGAAGAGUCAGCUGCUCGGACCUAUGAUCUUGCUGCCCUCAAGUAUUGGGGGCCUGAAACCACAUUGAAUUUUCCGUUGGAGUCGUAUACAAAGGAACUCGAGGAGAUGGAUAAGGUGUCCAAGGAAGAGUACUUGGCAUCGUUGAGGAGACAGAGUAGCGGAUUUUCUAGAGGAGUUUCAAAGUAUCGUGGGGUAGCCAGGCAUCAUCACAAUGGGAGGUGGGAAGCACGAAUUGGUCGAGUUUUUGGCAACAAAUAUCUGUAUCUUGGUACUUACAAUACACAGGAGGAAGCAGCAGCAGCAUAUGAUAUGGCAGCAUUAGAGUACAGAGGGGCAAAUGCUGUGACCAAUUUUGACAUUAGUCAUUACAUCGAACGCUUGAGGAAGAAAGGCAUUAUAAUUCAUCUUGACCAAACCCGGAUCCAAAAACAACCUCAGAAUCCCACAACUCAGUCCCAAGAUGUCCAUGUGGAGGUUGAAGUCGAGGUAGAACAACCACAGUCACAACAACAACAACAACAACAGCAGCCACAACAGCAAGUAGUAGCUCAAAACCAACUCCAAGAUGCAGAGGAGCUCCCCCAGUGCAUGGAUGCUACUCCAAUGAUCAUUAUGGAGCCGCUGGAUGACCAAGAUCUUCAAUGGAACUUCUACACGGACACGGGAUUCAACCCGUACCCGGUUCCUGAUGAUGUUCUUCUUUGGCAGACCGGGGAACUUCCAGAUUUGAUUGAUUGCGCUAGUUUUGAGGAUGACAUUGACUUCAGUCACUUCAUAUUUGAUGAAGAAAAUAUUGGAAAUGAGGCCAAUCCACUGACAAGCAAUGGAAGGGUGGAGGUUGGUGUCUUGGGGAACACCGAGGAGGAUGAUGGGAGAGUUGAGGCCUCAGAUUCCCCAUCGUCAACGACAACAACAGUGUCUGGUGGCUAUUCUGUUUGAUGGUUGGGAAAUUUUGGGGGACUUUUGGGGUCUGUUGUGGGUGGUUGAACUUGGAAAAAAUUUUAAAUAACUUGGGGUUUUUUUUAAUUUCUUUUAGUUCAAUAGAAAAAGGAUAGAAGGAAAAGGAUAGUGUGCUCUUAAAAAGAAGAAGAAGAAUAAGAAGAAGGAAAAAACAGAAAAGAUGGUGGCUGCAGUGCUGUUCAGGGAUUUUCCAAAGUUUAAGUGUUCUUUGGAUAUUUUGUGUUCUUUGGAUAUUUUCUUUUCGUUUCUUUUUCUUUCUGGUUAUUAUUAUUAUUAUUUUUAACCCUUCGUCCAUUCCUUUGGUAUGUGCGUAGCUUACCGGAUGCAAACAAAAAAAGAAAUAAGCUGGAAUUUUUUUC